AUGAUCUUUCAGGCCUGUAAAUCAUACUGGGCCGAUGAGGGAAUGCGGAAGCCGUGGACAACAAUGCGGCCGCUGCAGGAGACAACAAUGCGACCGGAGGAAAACCCACGAGUGCCACCAGAGCCACCAGGGCAACCAGGACAACAAGGGCGACCAGGGAUAGAAGGGCCACCUAGGAUUCCUAGGCCACCUGUUCCACUAGGGCCAGACGGAUUACGAGGGCCACCAGGGCCACCAGGACCACAAGGGCGGGCAGGGCUACGUGGGAUACCUGGGCCACGUGGGAUGGCUGGGUCAACUGGGCUGCCAGGAAAAGACGGAUUACGAGGGUCACCAGGGCAAGCAGGGCAACCAGGAAUACAAGGUCCACCAGGGCAAACGGGAAAACAAGGGCCACCAGGGCCACCAGGGCCAUCAGGAAGACCAGGGCCACCAGGGCAAACGGGAAAACAAGGGCCACCAGGGCCACCAGGGUCACCAGGAGAACAAGGGCCACCAGGGCCACCAGGAGAACAAGGGCCACCAGGGCCACCAGGGUCACCAGGAGUGAGACUUCGAAUCCGAAUCCGAAGGGAAAUGAAGGUAACAGAUGGUUCAGAUAAAGAGGAAAUAUACCCAAUUAUUGAUAACCGUUACGAGUAA